AUGAUUUGGAAAGUGAAAGUUUUCUAUUUCGUGUAUAAAUGCGCCCCAUUACGCAGCUGCCUUUCUAGUGUGAGCCGGCUACAGUUGUUUGACCUCCGCAGAGCUGCAUUGCAAAGUGGGCGUGAGAAGGGGAUAUAUUUAUAUUUUUGUAAUAUCUUGUGGCUUGUACCGUAAACUAAAAAAUAUCCAUUUUUUGUGCACCCUACUAUAUUUUUUCAUAUUGAAGCCAGUCACCUUGUGGCCCUUAACUAUAGAAAUCCCCAAAGGCCGAAAACUGUGUUCUUCUACCUUCAAUACACAUGGCUCUUUUGUAGUGCUCCAUCUACACACAUGCCUAAUUUUCUGUACAUUACAGGGAAGUGCUUUCUUCCCAGCCAAGUGACCCAUUUGCAAGAUGUUCCAACAUGUUGGAGCAUCUAAGAACAUGUUAGAACAAAUAGUAUGUCUGCAUUUUAACAUGUUAGUAACUAAUAUAUGAUUAUAUCUUAUUCAAUGUUUAUUUCUAACUUGUUGGAAUAUAGUAGAAAUAUGUAGAAAGUCAACAAACCUUAGGAAGUUAACAGUUACUUAUCUCAGUUUCAUAAUCGUUAGAACAGAAGGCAGCAAUCACCCAUGCAGUAAGGUGGAAUUGACUCUAUGUGUUACUUAUUUCCCUCUCUGAGUUAAGUCAUUAAGAAGAGUUAUAUGCUUAAAUAGCAGAUAUUUUGUUUGCUGCCCAGGUAAAACUUGAGAUGGUUAGAUUUCAACACCGUAGAUUUAGAAUUAUUGUACUGAAUCAUGUGACCUGUGGAAGUUAGUGUACGUUACCAAGCAUACAUGUAGAUUAUACAGAUGUGAAAGUCACUUGCAUAAUCAGAAUAUUUCAUGGAGAUAUGAGGUCUCCGAACUCUUGUUAGUGGUUUUAUACGUCGUAUGAAUGCUUUGCGUGGCUUCUUGAACGACAUGCACACAGCUGCCUCUGUUCCUGGGGCGGUCUGUGGGGGCAAAAAUGAGCUUGUUAUAAAACCAAUGGAAUUACGUUUGAAGGACCCUCGUAUUUUGUUUCGCUUAGCCGGUAAACCACCUUUAGGCGUAAGCCACCAGUUUUGUACAGUAAGUACAAGUUGCGCAAGACUAGAGUAUGGUUUGGUUCACUCACACCGGUACCGUCAAGGACCUCUAUUCUAGGAUCAUUUUCUACAAGUGCAGUGGGGCCAUUAACGUAAUGAAGGUGCGAUUCUUCUCAAAUACAAGACUUCCAGACAUGGUUGAACGUAGAUUCAUCAUUUGUGGUACACUUUCCAACAUGCUCUAAUAUUAUCCCUGCUAAUUAGAAGUUACCUUAUGCGCGUGUCUGAUGUUAUGAUGGCUCACAUAGAUAUGGCUCACCACUUAAAGAGCCACCAUUGUCCAGGAGUGAAAUUUGAAAAUAUACAGAAGCAUACAAUAUAGCAGAACAUCCUUUUAUUGGGGGCAAUAACCUACUAUUUGAAAACAGUCCUAAAAACAGUCUCUAACUAACAAUGAAAGUGAAUCACGUAGGUGCUUGAAAAUUGUUCUGAAUGAAGAUACAUUUGUGCACUUACUUUGAAAAUGUUUCCGACAAAUGUGAAUUACAUCACUAUGUUCGAACGUUCAAAUUUUCGUUUCAAAUUGUUUGUAAAUUUUACAACUGUUUUGGCUUGAAUAUCCUUUUAAUCAAAGUGGUUCACACUUGUUACAAAUAUCAUCAGAAAACCAUCGCGGUGACUUUGAAUUGACACAAAUAUAUGUUACGCUAGAUGUGGAUCCAAAUACAGUCAACCGACAAAAUUAGUGCCAUUGCCUGCUGGUAAAUGAUUUUUCAAGCUGCAUGCGUAAGGGCAAUACUAGUGUUUCAGAAGAGGUUGAUGUAGGGAGCAAUUACAGAUCGACUCGGCGUCUUUUGUUGCCGAGUGAAAAAGGACGCACAUCCUUUUGACGUCGCCUACGUUUCUGCAUACUAAUUGGAUGAGAAUCCAUCGUUUGUAACCUGCCGAUCAUAACCCACGAUUCUGCUUCGCUUACCACAUGCGCCUACUCGCCGGCGCGUGCAGCCAUACACUGAAAUAUGAGUUUUCCCAAUAAUUCUACCGUGACUAACGCUUCUCUUGAGACAAUACCAGAGACGGUACUGCCGGUCGAGCCAGGCGUCAUCAUCACCGAGGCCCUGCUAGCCAUCGUCGGUAACCUCCUGGUCGUGCUGUCCUCGGGGUGGCGGCAGACGUUUCCUCCAGCCGGCCGCAUCUUCGUCCUCUCCAUGGCGUGCUCAGACCUUCUGCUGGGAGUAUCCUUCGCGGUGUCCAUAGACCCUGCCGAGGCCGGCCGGUGGAUAUAUGCCGACCACUGGGCCAAAGUCCUCGCGACUGCAGAAUGCUCGUUUCACACACUUACAGCCAUAGCGCUGGCCGGUCUAAACAUAGACCGAUACUACGUCCUGAACAAUGACGUGGGUCUCUCUGGUCGCAAGUCGAAGCUGUUCAUGUUCAUCGCUUGGAUCGGCGUCCUCUCCUGGUACACCUUUGCCGCUGUCUACGGCGUGCCUGUCACCUAUAACCCGAUCAUCGCACGGCCUGUCUUUGACCUGAACACGUUCGUAUGGUUUACUGUUGUCUCGUUUGGCCUGUUCGCCGCCGCUGGUAUCGCUGCGCUCUUUUGUGUCAUCCUUGUCCUGAAAGCGCUGUGCAGUCACCAAGAUGCGCCACCAGCACAGCCGGGCGUGUUCCACAUCAAUCUCGGGCCUACUGCUCCCCAGAUCCCGCCACAGGCAGACCCAAAUGCCGAUGACGCCAACGCCAGAUGGUACGCCAAAGUCGUGCUGCUGUUGACCAUCGGGCAGCUGCUCCUGUACCUCCCGUACUCCUCUGGACUGCUGCUCCAGGAGUUCACACAUGUUCAUGUUUCCCCAACCUUUCUCUUCUGGUCGUAUUGGCUAACAUGUUUCAACACGUGCUUUGACGUGGUGGUGUAUAGUGGACUGCAGCAGUCCUUCCGCACGGCAGUGUAUGAGAUAGCCGUGUCUGUAAUCUGUGGUAUGUACAACGUGUGCUGCAGACAAAACCGCGUGGAUCUAGAGCAGGCCAUACAAACAACCAGUCUGUAGACCAGUGACAACUCACCGGAAUUGAUAACGAAACUAUUUUAGGGGCCCCUAACAUGUAUAGAACAGCAACAAUUUUGAAAAAAAUACUGUUUUUAAUGACUUUCAAUUACACCAAAAGGUCAUUUUUUCAGGGCUAUGUCACCUUGCAAGCAGUGCAAUGGUGGCCAGAUAUUGGACCGCAUAGAAAACGGUACAUCUAACGGGAAAGCAACAAAGCUAUAGUACUUGUAACAAGGCAAUUCAGCAACGUUUUUUUACCAAUACCUACCUACGGGGUCGUGACGUACCGUGUACGAAAGACCAG